GCCGCGUCAUGGCGGCGGCGCCGGUGCUGUUGCUCGUGUCCGGGCGCGCGCAGUCGGUGAGCUUCGCGCAGAGCGUGUGUGGCCUGCUGGGCGCCGGGCCGGGGCUCGGACCAUGGCCCACGCACUGCAGCUUCAAGCGGGCACAACUCGUCCUCUCGGACAGGCCAUUCCCAGGCGCGUCGGCCAGGCUUCCGCUCCAGCGACCCCUUUUCUGCCCUUUUGCGGCCCUGGACCAGCAGCCCAGGGCUCCUGGGGCCGAGCUGCCCACGAAUCGAGGUGUGGAUCUGGGUGUGGCGAUCCUUCUGCAGUCCAGCGAUCAGACUGUCUUGUUGACCCGAAGGACCCGCACCCUCAACGUGUCCCCCAACCUCUGGGUACCCCCAGGUGGGCAUGUGGAACCUGAUGAAGAGCUGCUGGAUGCGGGGCUUCGAGAGCUUUGGGAGGAGAGUGGACUACAGCUGCCCCAGGGCCAGUUCUCUUGGGUCCCUCUGGGGUUAUGGGAGUCUGCCUAUCCUCCCAGGCUGAGCUGGGGUCUCCCCAAAUACCAUCACAUCAUUCUCUAUCUACUUGUCAUCUCCCAGGAGUCACAGCAGCAGCUGCAGGCCCGGAUCCAACCAAACCCAAGUGAGGUGAGUGCCCACAUGUGGCUGGGACCAGAUGUAGCAGCUGCAGUAGCUGCCACAGAGGAUGGGACAGAGACACCCAGACAUCUUCCCCAGGACCUACCGCCUUCUGUCCUUGCAGUGGAACUAGCAGAGGAGGGAGGAGCUCGACCUCUGGCCCUGCCCACGUCCACACUGCUGCGAACGACCCCCGCCACGGCAGACAGCAAAGAGAGGGUCAGCACUGGGACCAAGUUUGCCCUCAGGCUCUGGCUGCAACAUCUAGGCAGGUAGAGCCGGGAUAGCGGCUGAGGUGACAGGACAGUGCUUCUUCGUCGGGGGUAGGUCCUCCUCAUCUGAUGAGCUUUCUAUUGUCAAGUCAAUAACUUCAACCUUCUUCUUAUUCUCUGAUGGAUUGCCCUCUUGGACUGGGCUAUACUGGAGGCCUGUGGUAAGAAGACUGUGUCUCAGAGAAGAGGCCAUACAAGACUUAGCUCAACUGGAGGACAGGGGGUCACUCACCAUCCAGCCCAUACCCUGGCGGGGGGCAAACCUCAGAUGCCUCCUUCUUAGGUUUCAUUGGGCACCAGGAUCCAUCUUCCAUGAACUGGAUCUCAUCACAAUCCGAGCAGGAAUUAAGAAUCUCCAUGAAUAAACUGGGGGGCGAGGAGGGGGGAGAGAUGGGAACUCAUGUGGCUGGGAGAUGGCUGGAACAGUAGCCAGGGAGUUCUGAGACUCCCUUCCUGAACCUCAGUUUCCUCAUCUGUAAAUUAGGGAUGUUAUCCACCCUCCAGACCUCUCUGAGUCACUGGAAUCAAAUAAAGUAAUGGGUAUAAAAGAGCUUUGAAAAUUUUAAA